AUGUCAGGUCUCCUCAACCUCAGCAACCUGGGCAAGAUCUGCGGCUCCAGCAACGACGUGGUUCUGGACCGGGUGAAAAGGAAGAACUCUGUGAGGCGAAUGUCGAUUAUUGAGGAUGGUGAAAUAGCUGAGGUCCUCUACCUUAUUCCGAAACAGUCGAUGAUGGAACAGCUGCCUUUCCUCAACCCCAAUGACUACAUCCUGUGUGAAAAACUGGCCUCUACACCUGCAGAAAUAUCCGGCUGUGAGUAUUUACUCUCAUGUAGAGAAUGUAUGUGUACUGGUGAUGAGUUGUUUUGUAAGUUUCUUUUUAGUCAAAUUUUUCCUAGACAUGACCAAGGGUGUUUCUAG